GGUCGUUGUUCUGGGUACUGUCCAGAGUGCUGAAAAUCCUUCCUUCAAAUUUAGUUUGGAAAUUAUAACAACAGCAUCAUACUGUGAAAUGUGCUUUCUUUUCAGUAUUUGAGUACCCUAAGCUGCUGUCAUAAACAGACAUCAGAGUCGAAAUUCAGUCUAAUCAGGACAAUUGUUAAUAUUUAAAACAAUAACGUUGGCGUGAAACGAAUCCAUUUACUAAUUGUUAUCUAUAUUACUUUUAUUUAAAGAGACAUGAUUAAGCAGGCCUAAACUGGUUCUCAUUGAGUCACCUGGGGUUAAAUUUCUUUCUCAAGGGCACCGUGGUGAUAGCUCAGUGAUCCUGCGCGGAUUGAACAGACAACCUUUUAUUUACCAGCUCACAUCUUCAAUCACUAACCUACGCCACCCACUGUUAAUUAGAUUGUGCUGCAUCAAUGUCUCUGUUUCACUUAAACGAACAGACGCAGGUGACAAAGCCCAAUUUCCUUCCCAUUCAUCACGUUCACAUCAUAUCAUAUAUGAACGAACACAGCACGGACACGUCCCGUGCGUAAAUAACGUGCGCAAACCAGUUGGGAAAACGAUGAGGGUCAAAGUAAAACAUUGGGUGGAUAACCAGGAUUGGAUGGUACAAGUGACGCAAUCGCUGCAUUUACCGAUGUCAACCGCACCUCCGCCUCCAAGAUCCCGGACCGGAUGACAGAGAUUCUGACCGGAGGACGACGGGAGGAAAUUUUGCCUCAACGAGUUCCACUCAUGACAAUUACUACCUUCACGGAGCACACUUUCUACGAAGUGCCUCUUCGCUGUUUUCACCGUGUCCAUUGAAUAGGAUCUUGCAACAUCAUCAACGGAAGGAGUUUAAGGUGCGAUUUAUGCCAAUUGUUGAACAGGCUUCUCAGUGCUUUAAGCCAAUAAAUCACAAUAAUUAAGAAAAUAUUUUACCACACGGUGCAAUUUAUCUGCUGUUGCACCGCAGCUAUGCAUGUUGUAUAGACGACUGCGAUGUUUUAUAGCCAAACGCGACCUUUGCUUUGAGGUGCACCCUAGAGAAUUGCGUAUCGACUCGUUUUUUCCGCGUCUCUCUGCCGACUACUGUUAAACUAAAACACAAGGGUGCAAUCAAGACAUUGCUGACCAGAUUCCCAUUCGCCUUGGAUUGACGCCGUGCAGAACCUAUAGAGGGAUCAUUUACCGUUUUUCGUAUUCGACGCAUCUUUUUUCAUCCUUACUAUGAAUUACCUGCGACGUCGACUGUCGGACAGUAAUUUUAUGUCUAACUUGCCCAAUGGCUACAUGACCGACCUACAGCGGCCCGAACCGCCGCAGCAGCAGAGCCCUGCCCCGGUGGUGUCGCCGGGAUCUCAAGAGAGGCGUCAACCCCCUAGUCAGUCUACGGGCGCCGGCUUCUUUUCCUCCAUUUCCAACGCUGUCAAACAGACCACCGCCGCUGCCGCUGCUACCUUUAACGAGGCAGCCGAGAGGGGACUCGGCUCGAGCGGUGGAAAGAUUCUCCUGGUCAUUGAUGACCAACAGACGGAUUGGGCGAAAGUGUUCAAAGGCAAGAAGGUUCAUGGUGAAUUUGACAUCAAAGUAGAACAGGCUGAUUUCUCGGAGGUUAACUUGGUCGCUCAUGCAACAGGAAGCUAUAGCGUGGACAUUGAGGCUAUCCGCAAUGGCAACAAAAUCACAAAGUGUUUUAAGCCAGAUUUUGUUCUGGUGCGACAGCAUGCUUACAGCAUGGCCAAAAAUGGCGACCACAGGAACAUUGUGAUUGGUCUUCAGUAUGCUGGGAUUCCCAGUGUCAACACUCUUCACUCUGUUUACAACUUCUGCGACAAACCAUGGAUGUUCGCUCAGUUGUCCAGAUUGUACAAGCAGUUGGGUCCAGAGGAGUUCCCACUGAUUGACCAGGUUUAUUACCCCAACCACAAAGAGAUGAUCACUACUCCCAGCUUUCCUGUGGUUGUGAAGAUGGGUCAUGCUCAUUCUGGAAUGGGAAAGGUGAAAGUGGACAAUCAAUAUGAUUUCCAAGACAUUGCCAGUGUUGUGGCUCUGACGAAAACAUAUGCCACAUCUGAGCCUUUUAUCGAUGCCAAGUAUGAUGUUCGAAUCCAGAAAAUUGGUGACAACUACAAGGCCUACAUGAGAACAUCUAUAUCUGGCAACUGGAAAACCAACACAGGAUCGGCCAUGUUAGAGCAGGUGGCCAUGUCUGACAGGUAUCGUAAGUGGGUGGACGUCUGCUCUGAGGUUUUCGGAGGUCUUGAUAUAUGCGCCGUUGAAGCACUUCACGGUAAAGACGGGAAAGACUACAUCAUAGAGGUUGUGGGCUGCUCAAUGCCUCUCAUAGGAGACCAACAGGAUGAGGACCGGGCUUUGAUUGCUGAUCUCGUUGUGACCAAUAUGAACCAGACUGUUCCACACACUUCACCUCCCGCUCCAGUUCACUCUCAGGGACCAGCUGUUUCGCCUCAACCGAUCUCUCAGCCUAGAGUGCCACAGGCACAACAGCGCCCUCCUCCACAGGGAGGUCCACAACAAGCCCCUGCCAGCACUACUACUGCUCGUCAAGGGACUCCACCACAGCAGCGUCCCUCUCCCCAGGGCCAGCCCCCAUCCCAACCCCAGUCUGUGACCAGUCCUAAUGCCCAGGACCCUCCUGCUCAACAAACCAGGCCACCCAAUCUAGCACCACACCGACAACUCAGUCAAGGGUCCGCAGCACCCCAGAGGCCUCCUCCAGUACAGGGUGCCACCCAGCGUGGCCCGGGCAGCUCUCCUCAGGCGCAGAGGCCUCAAACUGCCGGCCAGGGUCCCAAACCCCAGCAGAGGGCCCAGCCACAAAAACAAGGCCAGCCAACUAGGCAGGCUACCCAGGGUGGGACGCAGCCAACCCAAGAUGCCCCGCAACCAGCCCCGCAGCAGCAGGGGGGUCCUCGUGCCCCCACCACGCAGCAGCCGCGGCCCACUACACAGGGCCAGGGAGGGCCUGGAGGUGCACGACCUCCGUUGCAGCAGAAACCACAACCUCCACAGAAACCGAGUCCUGAUCACCCAGCCCUGAGUGGAUCCCCACAGCUUAACAAAUCCCAGUCUCUUACCAAUACAUUCAACAUUCCAGAAACGCCGGCCGCCCAGCACCAAAGUCCUAGUCAGGACGAAGCCAAGGCUGAGACCAUCCGCAACCUUCGGAAAUCCUUUGCAAGCCUCUUCUCUGUGGAAUAAGACAUACACACACCUACAUACACACACAAAUGCAUACGUUGAGAUGGAGAGGUAACUAUAUUUGUUUCUCUAAAAAACACACAAAUGAAAACACUCGUCAUAUUGUUAUUCUGUGUAAAACGGACCAAUCGAAUUGCACGUUGUGAUGCACAUCUGUGUACGUGUCAGAUCUGUGCACGUCAAUAUGCAAUGUGACAUUGAUAAAGCACUGCCUACACUGCUAAAAGAUUGAAACACAGAAAUUGCAGCGCCGUUGCACUUCAGUGUUACACAAUAGAAUCACAUUUAUAACAUUCCCUGUUGUAUUUGACUCAAGUUGAAGGGAGGAAGGUGUGAAAUCACUACCACACACACUUUUACACUACCUACACAGAGAUUGAACGUAGAUGUACUAAACACGUGUAUCCUAAUACUUGCCUGUUUGGUGCAUUCCAUGCUUCUAUUAUUUUACCUUAAAACCGAUUUUACCACGGGGCUGUUGAAUGCUUCAAUCUGAUUGGUUGACAAACGUUAUAUGGGUUGGCAUUUACUUUUAGUGAAUGCACACCUAUGAAGGUGUUCCAGGUCGGCUGACUGCAUCACAGUUCCAUAUCACUUCGUUAUAGUGUAGCCUACAGGCCAUCACCGCACACAGCACCCAGCUCUUGAUCUGACGUUUGUAAUGUCAAACUUGAAUGUUAUUGGAAACAUGUGCAGUUUUUUUCAAUAAACAAAGCAUUUAAAAAACAAUAUAGAAACACAAAUGCUGAAAUCGAAUGAAUAAAAUAACUCAACAAAUAAUAAUAACAAAAUGCAUUAAUAAACCCUGAUAGCCUACUGGUUCGUUUUCUUCGUCAUGCUGCUUAUAACUAAUAACAAAUAUAUUUUGAUAGACCAAAAGUUUGCGUGAUUUUUUUUACUGCUGAUGGUAGAAACAAUACUGGGAAUAAAUAAUUUAUUAUCACUGGCUUUCUAUCAAAUGCGCAGUAAGGUGUGCGCGCGCAGUCUCUCUCUCUCUCGCACUAACACACACAGCAUUGGCUCAAGCUUCAGAAAUGGGAGGCGCAAGAAAGUAGUCCUUCCAUCAAGAGCAUUUUAAAGGCGAUAACAAUACAAACUUUGAAAUUAAACAUUUGAACAGCGUCCUGUGGUGUAGUAACCGUGUUAUACGCUGAAUAAUUGACUCCGAUCCGUUCAAUAAUUCGAAAGUUAAUGCACACCCCGAGGUAGUAAUGCGGCCACGACGCUAAGCGUCUUUGAUGGACACUUUGUGUUUCAUACAAUUAUCCACCCUGAAUCUCUGAUAUAUGAUCUAAAAUACGUCUGCUAAUUGUUUGAAGCAUGUUUUGUGACUGGAUUGAUGGAUUCCCAUCAAAUGAUUUUGACAAUGCUCUCCAUUGUAUUGUUCCAAAAAUGAUCUUUCAAUGUAUUUGACAUGCUCGAACAAAGUUUGGAUCCUAAAACGAUGACCCAUAGUGAUGUUGUUCAAAUUUGCACAAGCUUCCAUCAUCAAACUAACAUUGCCGCUGUUAGCGCUAGCCAUUUGCGAUACUGCAUGACACUUGGGGAGAACGUAGUCGCACAAUGUGGGUGAUCUUGCUUUAGUAACUGUUGUGUAGUUGCACAUAGAUAAGAUAGUCGUAGUGAAAAUGUUGUCUCAUUUUUUGUGAGCAAGCUGUCUUCCCUAAUGCCCCUUUCCCUGGCAUGAAGAAAUAAUUUACACACAAUUACGCCCUUAGAUGUGUUCAAUAUGCCUUAGCCAGAGAGGCAUAUGUAGAGAACGUUAGUUUUGGGAUACCACAUAUGUCUCAGGGAUGUCCCGGAGAGAAAGAUACAAUGACUUACCGUCCUUGUUCAGGUCUUCCAACCAUUACUGUAGAAAUAUACAGAAGGCCAGGGUUUGGUAGAGUGUAUUUGUUUGCUAUUUAAACACGUUUGCACACCAGUACUGUAACAUUUGGGUAUAUUUGAGAAGGUUUGUUUCCAUCAUACGAAGAGAAGCUUUUCACAGCUAUUUUGUGUGCCCGGAAACGUAGGUGUAUGGAAAUGCUUCAUUAUCACACAUUGGGCAUAUGAAAAUGCAAAAUACAAAGCCAAGGAUGCCAUCAACAGCAAAUGUCUUCAGUUACAAAAGAUAAUCUUUGUUUAAGAUGCCUGUCACAUGUCUGGUUUUAGAUAAAGUUGCUCUUAGUAUGUCCAAGUGUGCACGGUUACACAACGUGGAUCCUUAAUCUUUCACCCAAGGAAAAUCUAAAACCAGCGGUGUGGCUGUGUCUUCCGCAAGUGAGGUUAUAACAUCCCAACACUGGUGUGUUUCAGGCAAUACAGUAUAUUUAUGGCCACUCGACGCGUCCCGUUCCCCACCCCUCGCUUCCCGCUCACCAGCCUGUUGUGUAUUCACAGUGAUCCUUUUGUGACAAAUGGUGCGUUAGUGUGUGUAUAUAUCUGUAUAAUGUAACGUUGUACCGUAAAUUGUCAAAACCAAAUAGAAGUGUUGUACAGAUCUUAACUAAACAAACGAUGCAAGUGUCCUGUAAUUUAUUUAAUUCUUGAAGGUGAUCAUUGUAGAUAUGUUGUGGGUUUGUCUUAGACAGAAUUUUACUUUAAUCAGAUGUUAUUUAGGUUAUUGUUCGAUAUUCCCUGUAAACUAAUUAAACCUACAUGAAAGGUAUGUGUUCUUUUUUACAUAUUUUGUGACAGCUGCAGUUGUUAGAAAUCAUCUUCAUUGUGUUCAUUAAUGUUUAGUGGUUUGUAUGGUUCACAUAUGUCGUAAUCUAGGUGGUCCACCAUUAUAUUAUUGUGGCUCAGGCAAGAUUUCAGUGAUCGGUUCAUUUUUUCAAACUUGAAUAGACACGUGCGAUAAAAAACGGCUUUGAUGAAUGUCAAAUGAAUAACAGACCUCUGAUGCAAUCAAGUUUGGAGGCUAAAGAAAUGUUUUCAAAAACUUUUUUCGAAUGUCGCAGCACCUAUUGAACCCAUGCCUGAGGUUUGUAUACAUGUAGUUUGGAUCUUAUUUGGAUUGUUUUAAUCAUUUGCCAUAUUUUUAUGUAACUUUCUUAUUUAUAAAAGAUGUGUAAUUUCCUUUGAAAGAAACUGUAUUCGAAUAUGUCAUAAUUUCCUAACAGAAAGUUUAUUAUAUACAGACUGUUUGAAUCUCAGUGAAUUUUAUUGUCUGUCCAUGCCUGCCAGUUGUAUAAAGAAAGAAAGAUAUUAUUACAAAUAUAUAGAAUAAAAGUCUUAAAUACUGUUAAAAGGUGAACUAAUGUUAAUCAUCGUGUAGUACACACAAAGACAUGCAACUUUGAUGUGAUCUUUAAUGUAGCUUCAUAAUGGUGUAUAAAUUAUUAUGCUAAAAUAUGUGCACCUAUUCAAUAAAGUCUAUCAAAUAAG